GCUGCGGCAUUUAGUGAUUUGCGAUACUUCAACAGUUAAGAUACUCUAUAAGCUAAAAGAAAAGAUUGUUUCUUAUAUUUCUUUAUCAAUCGAGUUAAUUUAUCUUCGGCAUCUUUAUAUAGAUAGAUAGUAGAAAGUCAUAUAAAUUGAUAUAUUUUGAAAUUAACUUAAUUCGUUAAGAAUGGUUGCAAAUAAGUUCGUGUCAAUCGUGAUCGUAUUAUGCUGCCUGCUCAACACAAUCCACAAAUCAGAACAAGUGGUAUAUCGACUUAUAACCGAAACCCUUCAAAAUAAUGUAGCUGGAGAGCCUAUUACACACGAAAGAACAGAAUGGGAUUUCGAUCCAGAAAUAAGCAAAGCUCGUCGGGGACUAUUUUAUGAGAAAAAUGGUUUUCGAGCAUCGAAAUUGAUCGAAAGCCUUGGAGUUGGAAUCGAUGGUAAAGAACAACAACGCAGACAAGAACAACGAUACCGUGAUGUUGGAAAACUUAAUGGAGAACAUUACCGUAAUUUUUCAUGAAAUUACAAAAAAUACAUACAUACAUACUUGGAAGUUAAAAUUUUAACUAAUUUACAAAUCACUUGAAAUAAAUUAUUC